AUGGCCACAAGAGCUCAAAAUGAGCGGCCGGUUGAGGAUAGGAAGCAAGGUUACUUCCAGAAAUUUAGGCGUGUGCCUAUCCCCUCGUUUAAUAGUGAGGGAGGACCCCAAGAAGCAGAGUUCUGGUUAGACUUCAUAGUCAAGCAUUUGAGUAUUAUGGGAGUUCCAGAUGAAUACUGGGUGGAAUUUGCAGUAUACAAGAUGGAAGGCUUAGCGAAUACUUGGUGGAAACAGAGUUAUAGGGAUGAAAAAACGCUGGAAUUCAUGUCUCUACUGCAAGGUGACAUGUCUGUAAGGGAGUAUGAGGUCAAGUUUAAUGACCUAUCCCGGUUUGCGCCAUCUUUGGUGGAAUCUGAACACCUUAGAUGUCUUAAGUUUGAGAAGGGUCUCAAGAAUUUUGUGAGGAUGUCAUUGGUGGCUCUAAGGAUUCAGAAUUUCCAGGAUUUGGUAGCUGCUGCUACAAGGGUGGAACAUGAUAACUUGGCCUAUCACCAAAGCAAAGAGGCAACUGGUCGGGUCUCUGUCUCUGGUAGACCUUCUGUUUCAGGUGGGCCACAACGGAGUGGUAGAAGAAACCGCAACCAGGGACAGAUGGUUGGGAAAAUAACAAGCGGUGGCAGUAGUUCGUCCGGAAGUGACAGAAAUGCUCCAUACGGGCCCAGGUGUCACCAUUGUAGGCAGGUGGGUCAUAUUAGCAGGAAUUGUCAUAAUCGACCGCCGGCUCAACAAGCCCAAAGUGACGCUUCCUACAGUCAAGAAGGCCACCACAAUUUAUGCCACCAUAUCAACCACAACAGAUGCCAUACCCUCCUGUGCUGA